AUGUCGGUCGUCAACGCCAAUAACGGCAAGCCGCAGGUUCGACCCUCGAGGAGCCCCGCGCCACCACGCGACGAGGAGACCGUCUCCAAGAUCCCUCACAUCCUCCCUCACGAGCGCGUCUUCCCCAUCCAGAUCGGUUCAGAGCUGUUCAAGCUGUCGGGCGCCUCCAUUUCCUCUGAUGCUCCGUCCUACUUCUCCCAGUACUUCUACUGCCAGGUCAAAAAGGCCCACGAGACAGGCGAGGACCUCUCCAGCGCCAUCCGCACCCUCUACAUCGAUCGCGACCCCCAGACAUUCGCCGACAUCUCCCUUCACCUCCAGGGCUACCAUGUGAAGCCGCGAGACGGGACGCACUUUGUGCGCCUCUUCGCCGAUGCCCAGUUCUACAGUCUACCCAAGCUCAUCUCCCAACUCUAUGAGGAAUCAAUCUUUAUCUCCAUCGGCCACCGCGAGUUCCAGAUCCCCCGCGACAUCUUCACCGACCCGGGCAACUCCCCAAACUUCUUCUCCCUGGGCUUCGCCGUCUUCUUCUCCAACCCGGAAGACCUCUUCCCGGGCCUCGACCGCGAGGGCCUCCUACGUCCGCCCUCCAUCCAGCCUCCCUCCGUUCCAAACCGCUCCGCCGACACCUUCGCCGAGAUCCUCCACCUCCUCCGCGGCUACCCCGUCACCAUCCGCAACGAGAGCCACCGCGCCGAGCUCCUCCGCGACUGCAGGUACUUCAACUUCAAGGGUCUCGAGCAGAAGCUCAUCCCCCACAGCAUAACCUACAACCAGUCCCGCCGCCGCGAGGAGAUCGUCCUCCGCCUCGAGGACAUCCUCAAGAGCGGCAUCAGCGUCGCCGCCGACGUCGCCGCCGCCUCCUCCUCCUCCUCCUCCCCAGGCGACCACCUCGCCGGCUGGGUCAACUACGCCCGCCCCUUCGUCGACGACCGCGCCGCCGAGCUCGUCCUCGAGAUCGGCGGCGAGAGCACCCGCCUGCACUUCCAACCCAACUCCUCCUCCGUCCGCGCCGAGUUCUUCCGCGACACCCGCGCCCGCGUCGCCCGCCUCUUCGAGGUCGUCGCAACCAAGCUCAACCUCCCACCCACCACCCAGCCACUGGGUCUGCUCAUGGCCUCUGGCGGCGCAGGCAGCCAGCCCCCGACCCCGGGCAACACGCCGCUGAGCGAGGACCUCGUACGCGUCACCAUCGACGCCGACACGUCCAUCAUCCUCGACGGCAAGCCCCACCACGCCUUGGACCCGGCAGCAGAAGACCCCCACUACGCGAACAACCCCGUAUCCGCGGCCUCCAGCACCGGCCACGGCGGCGGUCUCGAGUCGCCUACCGCCGCCGCCGCCGCCGCCGGCGGCCUAUCAUCCGGCUUCCUACCCAACAACUCGCGCAAGCGCCGCCGCGUAGACUCGCUCGGCCACGGCGCCAUCGGAAGUUACGCCGCCCUGGCCGCCGAGGAGUGGGUUGUCAAGACGGGCCAAUGGCGGCUCAAGAUCCAGGGUUCCCGCAGCGGCAAGAGCGCCGUCGAGUGCGUCCUCGUCGCCGUCAAGCUCGACGCCUACAGUUCCGAGACAGCGCGAAACGCCUCCAGGGGGUUUCUCAGCGGGUAG